AUUUCGCCCGUUAAACCGGAAAUGACAUCACACCGUCUCGCCUCCACCUUUUUUUGUCAAUCAAAAUCUCUGGACAUCACAGUAAUGUUUUAAGAAUGCCCGUUUUAAGCGUCGAUUGAAGCCAUUCAUCGAUCAUUUCCGACGUCUUCCGUGUGAAUUAUGGCCCAGCCGCAGCCCGUUGCGGCCGGACUCCGACCACCGCCGGCCGGGGGCCAACGGUUCUGGGACUGUGAGUGACUGCAGGCUGCGCCGAGCUAACGUUACGCAGCUGUCUGUAACCGAAGCUCGUCGCUUCGUCUUCUUCGUAUCUCUCCUUUGCCACAUAAUAUUGACGCACAUUGUUCCGGCCCAGAGCUGCUGAGUAACCCCCCUAACAGCUGUCAUGGACAAAGACGAAGCAGACCGGCUCAUAGAGAAGGCCAAGCUGUGUUUACGGUCGGGCCGAAAGGAUCGGGGACUGCAGCUCCUAUAUGAGGCGCAGAAAAUCUACCCCAGCACCAGGGCCAGAGUGCUGAUAGACGCCAUACUGAGAAAUGGAGGCAGUGCGUCCCAAGAAAUGAACCACAUGCCUCCGCCCACAGGCUGGAGGGAUGAGGACAUCGGAAACCAAGAAACAAGGAACAUGAAUCAUGAUGAAAAGAAGACUUACACUGAGGAGCAACGCCAAGGUGUUUUCAGAAUAAAGAAUUGCAAGGACUUCUAUGAAAUCCUUGGUGUUGACAAAAAUGCCAGUGAUGAAGAUCUGAAGAAGGCAUACAGGAAGUUGGCUCUGAAGUUUCACCCAGACAAGAAUUUUGCCCCAGGAGCCACUGAUGCAUUCAAAGCCAUUGGUAAUGCAUAUGCAGUGCUGAGCAACCCAGAGAAGAGGCAGCAGUACGAUCAAUACGGAGAACAGAGUCCAACCUCAAACGUACCCCAUCGCUCCGGCAACAGCCGGCCCGGACACUACCGGAACUUUUACAGAGACUUUGAGGCCGACAUUUCCCCCGAGGAGCUCUUCAACAUUUUCUUUGGUGGAAGGUUUCCUACAGGAAACGUUCACGUAUACACCAACCAGGGCGCCUCCUACUCUCAGUUCUACCAGCCUCGUCGGCGGCGGGCGCAGGAAAGGCGGGAGGAGGUGGUGGAGGAAAACCAGAGUCAGAACACCUUCACAGCUCUUCUGCAGCUUCUGCCUGUGCUGGUGCUGAUCCUCAUAUCAGUCUUUACUCAGAUGAUGGCAACUAAUCCGCCCUACAGUCUCUUUUACAAGCCGGCGAUGGGACUGGUGGUGUCCAGAGAAACACAACACAUGGGUGUACCGUACUAUGUGGACAAAAGUUUUCAGAAAGAGUACCGUGGGGCAGCACUGGAGGAACUAGAGAAGAGCAUCGAGAGCGAUUAUAUUGAACACUUGCAGAGCAGCUGCUGGAAGGAGAAGCAGCAAAAAUCAGACUUGGCAAACUUGGGACAGCUUUACCGAGACGAGCGAUUAAAGCAGAAGGCAGAGUCCAUGAGGCUGGACAACUGUGAGAAGCUGCAGCGACUGGUCGGCCGCCUCAGGGUCAAAUGAGGACAGUUUGAGAGGAGGAAACGUUUCUUUAGCGAAAUGUGUAAUUUACCCAUUCUGGCCACUUUGUUGUGACAUGUCUUUGGGGACGGUGCAGCCAGUGGGAGAUUCCACUUCUGAAAACAACGUGCCUUCUCUUCGUCGGUAGGAAAAUAAGUGUUGCACUGUGGUGUUAGCAGCAGGGAGUGGAAACUCGCUCUGGCAGGGUGUAUGAUGUCUCACAGCCUUCAAACUUUCUUAUAGAAAUGGCAUGACAUAUGCAGUCUCCCCUUGGGGCUACAAAGGCAGUUGUAUGUUUGGGACAUACAUGUUUUAUCUGUUUAGGUUUUGUGUUUUCUUGUGUCUUUGUUGAAAUUUUUGAUCUAUUUAUUUGGUAGAUAACAGGGUGAAUGUUAGUGAGGAUUUUCCAGUAGAAAUUAGUACAGAGACCUAAAUAAUACUGCAGUGUUUGGACAAAUCAGCACAUAUAUAUUGUGAAACGAUGAAGGACCUUUUAGGUGUUUAAAACCAAGACAGAUCCAACAAUUAAAGCUUCUGCAAGGAAUCUUGGUCUUUCUUGCUUCCAUAAGCACUACUGGUACUGGUGGCUGUGUAAGGAUUAUUUCCAGCUCUUUUGGAGGUUGCAUUUCAGUCUUGUUUAUCUGAUUUAUGCUGAUGUCCUGAACAUUGGGAGCUCAUAUAAAGGCAGUAUGCACAAAGUUAAUGUUUGGAAUUGCACACAGUGCUUUGCAGAAGUAUUCAUAGUUAAAUAUCAAUUUGUCACACUGCAACCGCAAACUGGUAUUUUAAUCAGAUUUAAAUGAUAGACCAACACAUAGUAGUGCAUAUUUGAGAAAAAAGCAGGAAAAUUAGUCAUGGUAAUUUUGAUAAUUUUUAUUUUUUUUUUGGGGGGGGGAAAUGUGGGUAUAUUCAUUCAGGCCUCAUGAGUCAAUACUGUGCAGCAUGUGGUUUGUACUUUUUCUUUGUGAAAUGGUUCAGUCCCAGUCAAACUGGAUGACGAGCAUCUGUGAAAAAUCAGUUUUUAUGUUUUGUCACAGAUUCUCUUCUAAUUUACAUCUGCACUUUGACUGAGCCACUCAAAGUUUGUUUAGAUUCAAUUUUAUAAUGGAAAAUUAACUUCCACCGCCAUGUCUUUGUAGGUUUACAAACUGUGUUUUCAAUUGAUGGGCUGGACACUUGUCUUUGAUAUGAAUAUUGUUUUAAAUCGUUUAUUCCUAAGCCAUUAGGCAUGCUCCGAGGUCUUCAUGAUGCGUUUGGUCGCUAAUAAUCUUUAGCAGAUCUACACAGAACAACUGUAGAUGCACUCAGAUUAUGUUACACACAGGGACACUCAUUCAGGUUACGCUAGAUUUGUUUAGGGGCAUCAAAAAUAUCACUGAAAGCAAAUGCAUGCGUCUAUCUGAAAUAAACAUUUCAGAUGCUUAUUUAUUCCACUUCACAAUUAUUUACUACUUUGUGUCGGUCUGUCAAAUAGAGGUACGUUAAAGUUUAUGGUUGAAAUUUAACAACUGCGGCAUCAAUACUUUUGCAAGCACUGUAUUAUAAAUAUACAAAGAUUUAUUUUCUUUUCACAAAAAGGCUUACCCAUCAAAAAGUGUUUUCUAAAUAUUGCUUCCCUAUUUUGUACAGAUCUUUUAUAAAGGAGAAAUUAAUUAAUAUAACCAGAUGGGCCUAAAACUCCUCUUUUUUAACUAGAUGAAACCAAUUUCAUAUUGUGGACAUUUGGGGUGUUAUAAUUUUAUUGAAUAGUAUGCUGACAUUGUGUAAAUCUCUUGUAAUAUUAAUCCAAAAUCAUACUUCCGUAUAGCUGAAAGUCUGACUUGUUGCCAUGCACUGCACUUACCAGACUGCCUUAGCUGUUGUACUUCUGAAAUAUUCAGGUUCAUCUUAAGCACUUUUAAGUUAAAAUCAUCUUUUUUUUUUUUUUGUUCCAUACUGUGACAAUUGCAUGAAUCCCAGAAGUUUUUAUUAUUAUUUUUAUUUUAUUUUCUAUUGCAUAUUUAUUAUUUGACUGUAAAUGUAAAUGAAGUAGAAUAUUCAGGUUCACGCUGUUAUCUUACAACACUUAAAUCUAACUGUGACAGAAAACACAAGCUAGGUUUCAAAUGUAUAAUCACAAGUUAUGUUGCUGAAUUGACUGUAAGCUGUCAGCCAAAAAUACAUGAAAAUUAAAGCUGUAACUAGUAUUGAAA